UGAGCCGGCCUGGGCUGGCAAUGAAUGGCUGCUGCUGCUGCGAGGCGAGGGCGAGCUGAGCCCUGCGCGGAGACCGCCCCUGUGCACAGCAGACCCCCCGCCGCCUCCCCACCCCCACCCCAAGCCAGGAGGAGGCGACUAUGGCGCAGACGCUGCAGAUGGAGAUCCCCAACUUCGGGAACAGCAUCCUGGAGUGCCUGAACGAGCAGCGCCUGCAGGGGCUGUACUGCGACGUCUCGGUGGUGGUGAAGGGCCACGCCUUCAAGGCGCACCGGGCCGUCCUGGCGGCCAGCAGCUCCUACUUCCGGGACCUUUUCAACAACAGCAAGAGCGCGGUGGUGGAGCUGCCGGCGGCUGUGCAGCCCCAGUCCUUCCAGCAGAUCCUCAGCUUCUGCUACACGGGCCGGCUGAGCAUGAACGUGGGAGACCAGUUCCUGCUGAUGUACACGGCCGGCUUCCUCCAGAUCCAGGAGAUCAUGGAGAAAGGGACUGAGUUCUUCCUGAAGGUCAGCUCCCCCAGCUGCGACUCCCAGGGCCUGCACGCCGAGGAGACCCCUUCCUCCGAGCCCCAGAGCCCCGUGGCCCAGACCUCCACCUGGCCCUCCUGUAACACCCCCUUGCCCUUGGUGUCCCGCGUCAAGACAGAGCAGCAGGAGUCGGACUCCGUCCAGUGCACGUUCGUGGUCAAGCGGCUCUGGGACAACGGCCAGAAGGAGGGAGGAGGCGGCGGAGGUGGGGGAGGAGGCAACAACGGGAGCCGCAAAAUGGCCAAGUUCUCCACGCAGGACCUAGGAGGCAACCGGCAGCAGCAGCAGCAGCAGGGGGUGCAAGCAGGAGGAGGCGGCGGGUCCGGCGUGGUGAGCGGGCCCAGCACAUCCGACCAGACCAGCCCCGGCACGUCCAGCGCCUACACGAGCGACAGCCCAAGCUCCUAUCACAACGAGGAGGACGAAGAGGAGGACGCGGCCGAGGAAGGCUCCGAUGAGCAGUACCGGCAGAUCUGCAACAUGUACACGAUGUACAGCAUGAUGAAUGUAGGGCAGACAGCAGCCGCAGCCGCAGAGAAGGUGGAAGCCCUCCCCGACCAGGUGGCCUCUGAGUCUCGCAACCGGAUCCGGGUGCGGCAGGACCUGGCGUCGCUGCCGGCUGAGCUCAUCAACCAGAUCGGGAACCGGUGUCACCCCAAGCUGUACGACGAGGGCGACCCUGCGGAGAAGCUGGAGCUCGUCACAGGCACGAACGUGUACAUCACCCGGGCGCAGCUGAUGAACUGCCACGUCAGCGCGGGGACGCGGCACAAAGUGCUUCUGAGGCGGCUUCUGGCGUCCUUUUUCGAUCGGAACACUCUGGCAAACAGCUGCGGCACUGGCAUCCGCUCGUCCACCAACGACCCCAGCCGGAAGCCGCUGGACAGCAGGGUCCUGCAUGCCGUGAAGUUCUACUGCCAGAACUUCGCCCCCAACUUCAAGGAGAGCGAGAUGAAUGCCAUCGCCGCCGACAUGUGCACGAACGCCCGGCGCGUGGUCCGUAAGAGCUGGAUCCCCAAGCUAAAGCUGCUGAUGGCCGAAGGGGACACCUACACCACGUUCAUCAACGACACUGGGAAGAUGGAGCCGGACAUCAUGGGAGUGGAGCACAACUUUGAGACCGGCAGUCACGACGGGGAUGCAGGGACCUCGGCCGAGAGCCUCCAGUUCUGUUUAUAGGUGGUUUGCAAAGGGGUAAUAAAUGAUGUCUCAAGCAUAUCAAAGACAGGAGCGACGGAUGUGUUGCAGCUGGGUCUAAGCUUCCCAUUGGAUUCGAUAACCAUCCCUGAGAACUGAUUAACCAUGCGGCAUUAACCCUGUGCAAACCGCUUGCGAAUGGAGCCUUCGUACAGAGUGUGACCGUAUGAUUUUACAGGAAAAUAAAAAUCCCAAUUAAGACCCUGAUUUCUAAAAAGCAUCUGUUCAAGACAGCAUAUAAGCAUGCACUUAACUUUAAGCACCUCUUUAAGUUCCUCUUGAAUUCAGUCAAAAUGGGCCUUUGACCUUAUUCAUCUUAAGUGCCAAAGUCCCACUGCUUUCUUUCAUCCAUCCGUGUGUUGCAGUGAUGAGGCUGGAGAUAAAAGAUGGGUCUUAACGUGUGCGUCUCUGAAUGGGGGCUUUUUUUCUUCUUUUUUUAAGCAAGUGACAGAGCAACGCUCCUGGUUGUGAUGUCUUUUCAGAUUGCGUCUACACUGGAUUUUUUUCCUUCUUUCCCCUUCCAACCACAUAGUGUAAAAUCCGAGUGCAGCGACUCCUAUGGGGAUUUGAACUCUGGGCAGAGCCAACCUAAUUCCCUGUUGCUUUGUCUCCCUCAAGUGGCCAGGCUGCAUGUAAAGGUUUGAAUCCUCUAAUGGGCCACAUCUUUUUGCCACAAGUCUGAGAUUCAGUCCCCAGCCAAGGGGUGUCGGGUUACUAACUUGAAAUUCGAGCUCAGCGGCAGCGCUGGGUGAAGAGUGUUGGCUGAGAUUUCUUUUGGCUGAAAAAGGCAGAUUCGCCGCCGAAACAGGGCAGUUUCACCAAAUUGUUUUGGCCCAACCCUUCCCCCGAAACGUUUUGUUUUGACAUUUUCAAAUUAUUUCAGUGUUUCAGCAUAACAUGUGACCUGCAAUUUUAUUUUAGAAAUAGGAUUAAAAAAUGCUCCAAAACAAAACGUUCUGCUUCAGAGUGAACAGGUUUUGUUCAACCUGAUACAACUUUUUCUUUUUUUUUUGUGUGUGUGGGAGGGGGAGGGUUGACGCUGAUGUCACUAUAGCUACACUGAUGUAAAACCAAAAUCCAGCAGAGAUGGGAGCUUGAAUGCCAUAUGCAAGGCUGGGUUUGGUUUUUAACUAGCAAGAGGCAUUGUUGAGAUAAAAGAAAAAGAGUGAUCUAUUUGAAUCCUUUCCGGUUAAUGGCAGGAUCCCAAGAUCUGAUUUUAAAAAUGUAGACCCCGAUCCUGAAAACACAGACAGGCUUCAUCUGUAAGCGCGUGUGUGUUCAUUGACCUAUUCACAUGCUGCUUCUUAAGCACUGGGCCCUGUUUCCAUUCCUGGAAUUGAUGCUGUAUGUUUUCUUGAAAUGACACUGGUUAAUUUCACAUUCCCUUUCUAUUCAGUUUCACUUCUCUGCUGCCUUGCAGUCAGGGCCUCCUGGUUUCUGUUCCCAGCUCUGGGAAUGGCGUGUGGACUGGUGGUUAUCACAGGGGGCUGGGAGUCAGGAUCCCUGGGUUCUGUUCCCAGCUCUGCUCCUGAUUUACCCCUCUCUGUGCCUCAGUUUCCCCAUCUGCAAAAUGGGGUUAAUGAUUCUUACCUUGGAAAAGCUGCUAAGUAUUAUUACUAUUGUUGUGGUUGUUGCAUCUGUGAACAUUUUUAAAUAAAAAAAACCAACCACACCCCCAAAUUGGAAAUUAAAAUGCCAACAUGAAAA